GUAGGAUUCGCGUCGAUUUUGGGAGAUUUUCUGUGGGUUUUGAUGUUGUUUUAAAUAUUUUGUUUUAUUUUUCUUAUUUUUUUUUCAAAAUUUAGUGAUGUUGGAUUUUCGGAAAGGUGCGGAAUUUGAGGGUUAAGGUUUUUGCGAGGUUAGGAUUAGGGUUUUUGGAGGGGUGGUGGGUUUGGUGAUGGAUGAAAACUCUGAGUUUGAAGAAGUAGAAGCUUGCUUUCACGAAGAUGAAGACGAUAAUAUUAACCUCGAUUCCGCCUUCUCUUACAUUGAUGAGAAGAUUAAAAACGUUUUGGGCCAUUUUCAAAAAGAUUUUGAAGGUGAAGUUUCUGCAGAAAAUUUGGGGCCAAAAUUUGGUGGAUAUGGCUCUUUUUUGCCUACCUAUGAACGUUCUUCUCCAAGAUUAUCACAUCCGAAGACACCACAGAGAAACUCCUCAACCAACAAUUUCUCUAUGGAGGGUGCAUAUCAGAAUUUGAAAGCUCCUCCAAAUGCCCCCCCAAUUGGGAGACCAGGGAACAUUUCCUGCCCAAGUAGCAAUAUUGCAGCUAAACAUGAUAUGCAUUUGACUUCUUCUCAAGUUGCUGAGAAGUCUUCCUUGAAGGAUGAGAGUUUUAAAAGAGAAGAGAUUCCAAGUGAUCAGAAGACAUUGAAGGUUCGAAUUAAAAUGGGGUAUGAUAAAAAAGAACAAAAAGUUGCUGCAAUCUAUAGUGGUCUUGGGCUUGAUUUUUCUCCAUCUUCGUCAUUGGGGAGCAGUCCUGAUGACAGUGGAGGAACAAUAAAGAUAUCUCAAGAAACCCCUAGCGAAACACCCUCUAGCAUUCUUCAGGUUAUGACUUCCAAUCAUGUCCCUGGUGGUGUGCUCAUAUCUCCUCUUCAUGACAGCUUGCCAUGCUUAUUUAGAAAGGAAAAGGAAAGACCUUCUAGAGAAAAUAAAUCCAUCCCAUUGUUCAAGGCAUGCCAAAAACAUCCUUCCAUGUUAGUAGAUGAGUCCGUUUUGGGUAAUAGAAAACAACUAAAUGAGAAGAAAACAAUUUUUUUAAUUGGGAAAAAUGAAGAGCUGGUGGAAUCAAAGCAUGGAAAUCGCAUGAAUGUUGAGAGUGGGAAGACAUUGCUUAUAAAAAAGAAGCAUGAAACUGAGAUUGCAGGAGGGGAGUCAUUUCCCAAUGACUUGAAACACACAGUUCCAACUAGUUCAGUGAAUAUUGCUGUGGAAGCCACCACCAGGGUCUGUGAUGUGUCUGCAGAAGCUAAUCAGAAUGCAUUGAGGGGUGGAUUGUUUUCCUCUGACUCUGCAAAAGAGGAUUCCUUGGAGUCAAUAUCUGGAAGGAGUAAAUCGAGUGAUAAGAGAAAGAAGCGGGAUAAGCGGAGUAGUUUAGAUGAAAAGGGUUGGGAACAAAGUAUAGAUAAUUCCAAUAAGAAUGCUUCACUUCACCUUGGGGACAAUGUUGGGAGCAAAUGCUACCAAAACUCCGCUCCUUCUAAACUUGAGGAAGAUUCAAAAGAAAAGGUUGGUCAGAUAGCUACAUUUCGUGUACAAAUUAAAAUAAGUAUUCCCUCCAAGAAGGAAAAGACAUUGUCCGAAGGCAAGAAGUCAAAAGGUAGCAAAAAUAAUGGAGAAGUUGCUGAUUCUUUGAAGGAAAGCUUGAAACCUGAUGCGGUUGCGACCCUUAAAGAUACCACUUGUUCUAGUCAAGGUUUUUCUUCAGGUAAAGAAAAGAUUCGGAAAUUGAAGUUACAGAAGGGUAUUAACAAGGUCCAAGAUAAUCAUAGAGAUGCACAAAAAACAAAUUUCGAACAGAAAAGUGGCCAAAUGGAGCCAACAAUGAGGCAUUUUCAGAAUAGGCCAAAAGAUUAUUGUCCAAUGAAUUUUGAGAUGGAGCAAACUGGCUAUUUGGAUAAAUCAAAGGCAAAAUUUAGUGGAAGGAUGGUUGAUAAUCAGCUGUCUGGAGUGGAUGCUCCAGAUGCGGUUCCUCUCCUCACUGAUAAGAGACUUGCUGCUCAGACAGCUGCACCAGCUGCAACUGCUCCUGUAGUCAUAAAAGAAAAUUGGGUUCAAUGUGAUAGUUGUCACAAGUGGCGACUAUUACCUUUUGAUACUAGACCAGAACAACUCCCUGAGAAGUGGUUGUGUAGUAUGCUUAACUGGCUGCCAAGAAUGAACCGGUGUGACAUUAGUGAGGAUGACACAACAAAAGCUCUCAAUGCAUUAUACCAGGUUCCAGUUGCUGAGAAUCAAAAUAACUCACAAAAUCAUGCCAAUGGAAGAAAGAAGAACCAUGAUCUUAAGGAAGUGCUGAAAGAAGGUAGCAGUGGCCUGAAUCAGAUGUCAAACUCUAGAAAAAAACAACAGAAGGAAUCUUUGAAAAGUAAGAGUCUAAAUGACAUGACUAAGGCUCCCGUUGUAUCAAUUGUCAUGAAGAAAUUCACCUUUGAAGAGAAAGAAAGGCUUCUAGUUGGAGGUGAGACCAAGAAAGCAAAGAUGAAAAACAAGAGGGAGUCUGGUCCUUAUGUAUAUGAAGGUUCAAAGAAAAGCAAAGCAGAAAUAGAACACACUACCGACAAACAUCACAGUUCUAACUUAGAUCACAUAAGGGUGGGCCUUAAUUCAAGCACUAGCUUGCCAAUUCAAGCGAAUGGAAGCAGCGUGCAGAAUUACAAUGGGGGCUCUAAUUCUGGGGACGUAAAACAUGAUAUUAAAGAAAAAUCAGUAGCUUCUGUGAAGAAAAUUGUGGAUCAAACUCGGGCCUCAUCAGACGGUAGAUCAUUAGACAUGAGAAUAUGUGAUAAAAGGGCUCCUCUCAAGAAAAGGAAAUUGGAGAACUGGCAGGACAGUCAAAUUGGGAAUGAUUCAUGCAUGAGGGAAGAAAGUAGAGGGAGUGGCUUUAGGAAUGAAAAGAAGUUACGGUUUUCUAAGAUUGAGGGGCAGCAGUCCAAUAGAAAUGAUGGUGAUGGUACACCUAACAGGAAAAGUAUGGAUCACUUGAUUGGUGGCAUUGAAGUCCGAUGUAUUGAUAGGAACCAGAAAUUAAGUAAGCACAAGAAAAAGUCCUCAUCUCAAAAAGAAUUGGAUGGCCUUGAUUCAUUGAAAAGGGAUUCCGGAACUGGACAAAUUUCGGUACCAGCAACUUCUAGCCCUUCAAAGGUUUCCAGUUCUCGUAAAAUCCGAGCAAAUUUUGAAGAAGCAAGGGGUUCGCCGGUUGAAUCAGCGUCUUCAUCUCCAAUGAGAACCUCAUAUCCGGAAAAGCUUGCAUCAACUGCUGGUUCAGGAAAGGAUGCUGCAAAUAGUGGCAUUCCUUCAAGUGGCAAUUUUAGAAGAUGUUGGAAUGGGAAAGGUACUUUUGAGCUUGCUCAAUCUGGUACAGAAAUGGAAGAGAAUAUGUCAGGUGAUUUUAACCCUGGAUCCCAUAAAUCUUCUACCUUGGAUUAUCGGGAUAAAGAUUCUAUUUGCAAAAUCAGCAUUAGAAGUAGACCUUCUUCUAGGUUGGGGAAUAGCCAUGUGCUCAAUGGUGAUUCUCAUUCUGCUGAGAAUGUGCAGCAUACUAUUGAAAGUUCCCAUAAUGAGGGUAUACUGAACAAGGAGUGUGGUGGCAAUGCAUUAUUUUCUAAGAAAUCUAAGAAUGCUUCUACUUUACAGAAAAAAGACAGUAAAAGAAGUUCCGCUGCAGAUAAGAUGGAGGACAAGAAGAACUAUUCUGGAAGGAGGAAUCCUUCAGGAAAACCAUCAAGUGAUAGUAGAAUGGAGACCCAAUUGGAUAUAAAGAUGAUGACGUUGAUGUAA